AUGGUUGGGAAGCGGACGCGGCGGGGCCAGCAGUGGCGUCGUCUCCACCAGACUGCGACCCCGGACAUCGCUGGGGAGCUGUGCCAAAAGCAUGAACUCUGUGUCCACGAGAACUGCGUGUACCACGCCAGCAGGCUCAGACAGAGAGGGGCCGAUCAACAUGGCUUCUACGGCUUUCUCAAGUCUCGCGACGUCAGGCGGGUGAUGAAACGGACAGCACAGAAGAGGUGCUGCAUCUGCCAGCUACUGGGAGCCUCCAUCUCCUGCCGCGGCUGGCGCUGCUGCCGGACGUUCCACUUGCCCUGUGGCAGCGAGCGGGGCUGCGUCUCCCAGUUCUUCGGGGAGUACAGGUACUUCUGCUGGAGGCACCGGCCGGUGCAGCGAGUGAGGGCGACGCAGCAGGACCAGACCCUCUGCCUAAUCUGCCGGGACGAGGUGGCGGGGCGGCCCUGUUAUACCACCAUGGUCUGCCCCAGCCGCGCCAGCACCUGGUCCCACCGCCGCUGCAUCCAGGGCCAGGCGCUGCGCUCGGGCCUGCACCACUUUCGGAGCCCUCUGUGCCGGGACAUGACAGCCUUCCAGGCAGAGAUGUUCCGCUUGGGCAUCAAAAUCCCCAACAGGGAUGCUGCCUGGGAGGAGGAGGGCUCUCUCCUCGACUUGGUGCUCUGGCAGAGCUCCUGCGACGCCGACCAGUGCCUGUGCCCUCUGGGCCGCGACCAGGCAGAGCAGGCGGGGCCGUGGAGACUCCUGGUCUGCAGCUCCUGUGGCUCCCGUGGGACCCGCCAGUGCUGCUCUGCCCUGGAAGAUGCCACCGAGUCCUGGGAGUGCAGGGACUGCAGCGGCACGCACAGCGUGCCCGACAUUGCAGCCGGACCAGACUCUUGUCGCCUGGCGCAGGGACCCUGGCACAGCGCUCCCAGCCCUGGCACUUUGGCUGAGGAAGAAGAGGCCAGGCUCCUCGAAGGACAACCCGACACACAACUACCCUCCCAGUUGCUGUGCAGGGAACGUGCUGAUCCUCACUUGCAGAAGCUGGAACUUUGCCCAUGGGCUUGCUGAUGUGCAUGAGCACUGCAGGGCAAGAGCCUUCGCUCUUCCCCAUCCUCUUUAGAGAACGGAGACAGUGCGAUGUUUGACAGUGAUAAUGUGCAGCUGUGGCCUUGCUUUGAUGAUGUGCAGCUCUGAUCCUGCAGCAAAGAUGUAAAUAACUUUGAGGGAGUAUGAGAAUAAACCUGGAUGAGACAGAAACAAGGGGGAACGUGAUCUCACCUCUAGAGGAUAAGGGAACAGCAGAGUCGCCUGUAGUGAGCAGGGGCUGGGUGCAUGGACAGUAGAGCUUCAGAAAUAAUAAAGCUUUUAGCAGCGCACGUACAGAGUAUAAAUUAUAAAAGCUGUAACUAAGUAACAAUAAAUGUCUUUGCCUCACAACCCUUGCAAGGUCCGUGCCUCGUAUG